UUACCUUAUCAUGUUACCAUUUUGUAAACAUGGAUAAAAGUAAAUUCCCAAAUAUUAAGGGUACCUAAAUUAGGUCUUUAGCGUCGGGUUUAUUGUUUUGAUCUUUUUUUCCCCCACAUUGUUUAGAAAAGCAGGAUUACUUUGCCUCUAGAAGUGGGGCCUCAUUAGCUGGUUGGACGAUGUCCACUGAAAUCCACACAGGUUCACAUUAUUCGACAUUCGAUAUUAUUUGACAUCCGCCUUUUUUUUGUUGUGGAAUACCAGAAAACACUAGAUCUGUCAGCACGGCUUUGACCUGAAACUCCUCCCUGCAUCACAUGUAGGUUGUGGGGGGGGGGGGGGGGGAAUGGUUCAGGAUGUGUCAUCGCAUCACGAAUGAGAUUAUUUUAGGCCAUCGGGACAAGUUGAGCGACAUCUGAUGGGGUGUUGGAGCUUCUCCCAAAUAGACUAGCAUGUGUCAUCAUUAUUUGUUCUUCUUCAUUUUAAGUGAAACUGUGUCAGUGGGUGUUUUGAGGAAACCACUGAGACCGCUGCAGGUCAGAGGGCCGGAUAAGCUCAUCUUCUCAUCACACCGCUGACUGCAAAGAAUAGAAUAUCAUUAAACAUGCACAUGGGGAAUGACUCCAGAUGUCACGGUUGGCAUCCCCUUGUCCUGCCACUGCUGUGGCGCUAUAGAAUCUUUCUAUGCCGUGACCUUUUCGAGAUACUCAAGGAAAUGAAUGGCAUUCUUCAGGAUUAGUUUUCUCUCGCGCAACACAAAUGUGAUCGUCAAUCCUGCCUUUUAUACGGGACCCUUGCCUGGGCUGCAAGUGUGACCGAAGCGUUUGCAACGGCGUCACGCAGUGAAAUAAAUUCAAUAAAAGGAGUUCUGUCUGUUUUUUGUUGUUGUUGUUUUUACUCUGCAAAGUCUGGGAACAACUGGCGAGACAUUUGACUGCUCAUGUGGAAGCCAGCUCCAAGUCAUGUGCUCGCCCCCGUCUCUGAUCAGGGCCUAACGAGUGGGGAGUUAUGACGUCCUGCUAAGCCUGCGCGAUGGUCCUGCACUCUUCAGGCUGAAAACUGCAGCUUAUAGGUGGAACUAUUUUUCUCUCUCUCUCUUAACUCCCAAGGUUCAUGAUCCAUCAAACCAGCGUACAGCGUUGUACUGUGAGUUCAACUCGGUGGCAGGUUGAGCACCAUGGCUGACCAGGACUAUGACUAUCUGAUCAAGCUGCUGGCACUCGGGGACUCGGGGGUGGGGAAGACCACUUUCCUCCACAGGUACACCGACAACCAGUUCAACCGCAAGUUCACAACCACAGUGGGCAUCGACUUCAGGGAAAAGAGAGUGAUUUACAGGGGGAAAGGUGUCGAUGGGAAGACUGAGAGGAACUUCAAAGUCCACCUUCAGCUUUGGGACACAGCGGGACAAGAGAGGUUCCGCAGCCUCACCACCGCUUUCUUCAGAGACGCCAUGGGCUUCCUGCUGAUGUUCGACUUGACCAAUCAGCAAAGUUUCCUCAACGUCAGGAACUGGAUGAGUCAGCUGCAGGCCAACGCGUACUGUGAUAGUCCAGACAUCGUGCUGGUGGGCACCAAGGCCGACCUGCAGGAUGUGAGGGAUGUUAACGCCAGACAGGCCAGAGAUCUGGCAGACAGAUACGGCAUCCCCUACUUUGAGACGAGUGCGGUGACGGGUGUUGACGUGAACCAGGCGGUGAUCGCCCUCCUGGAACUGGUGAUGAAGAGGAUGGAGCAGAGUCCUCAAGGGGCCCCCAGCACUGAAGACAACGGCAGCUCCGUCACCAGUCAUAAAGUCCAGGAGGCUCCUGUCCGCAGCAUGUGUGGCUGUUGAUGUUUCCACCAGCAGCCACUCUUUUCACAUGUUCCCCCAAUGACAAUACUGCUGUUUUCUGGAGCUUGACAUGGGACAUGCUCGGUGUGAUCUUAAAAUCAACAAAAAAAUGAUCCAUACUGAGGAGGAAAAUCGGGCCCGAUAUUGUUAUUACAGUGUGAAUUCCUCUCUUGACAUCUGCCGUCUGCCAUGUUAUUUAUUUACAGCUUGUGCAUUGUGAGAAUAGAGAGAGAGAGUAGAAGGAAAGGAGUACACGAUUUGUAUAUAGUAAGUGAGUAUUGGUAGUGUUGUAAAAAAAAAAACUGGAAUGUUUCAAAUGCACCAAGGUGUUCAGAAAAGUAAAUUCAUUAUCAGAGAAAAAUACUGUUUUUAUUUGACACAUUGAGGCAUUGAUGGAAGGAAUAUGCAGGCACAUAACGUAUAUUUAUCAUGGAGUAUAAUCAAAAAACAUUUAGGACAUGGUUACAUUUCCUAUAUGAAUGAUCGUUUUUUUUGUUAGAACAACCAAGAUAGCAAAGUCACUUACAUGAUCUAUGACUUUUUUUUUACGACAUGUACAUAAGCAGCCAAGCUUUUUUAUGCAUAAUGGAACAAAGUUGCCAUGCAGAUCGAACACAAGUACAAGAAUGUUAAAGGGUUGUUGGAACAAAUCCUGUAUAGUGCUGCGUUUGGAAUAAAGACGUUUUAUGUUUAGGUUAUGUAUAUGUCAAAGUAUUGUCAUUUACAUGUAAUGCACUAAAAGCUAUACCGGUAUUCUGACUGGAAAUACAAUCCUCACAGACUUUGUUAGCAUCAAUAUUGUUUACACACAUUCUACACAUUGAUUUUGAUUAAAUUAAAACGGAAACAAAAAUGACCUGCAUUCAUGUCAGUGGAUUUUUCCCGACAUGUCAAUCUACAGAAAGACAUUCGUGGAGUCACAAAUAAAAACCAUCACAUCACUUUGGCUGAAGCCCAACAAAAUCUAAAAGGUUAAAAUGAUUUGUGUGCCACAGAAAAGUGUUAUUCAACAUCAAAUUCAACAUCAAAUAAGGUGAAACUCCAUUUCUUAUACAAUAAUACUUAGUUAGUUGUCAUUCAUCUUUCAAAAUCCCGAAACAAUCUGUAUCAAGCUCCUUUGAAUACGUGGUCUUUGGUGUACCUACAAAACAUUCCUAAUGACAGAAAUUAUCCUUAAACGUACACAUCUAUGACAUCAAUUAAAUGGCCUACAAUUCAGCUAAAAUUCAAACUUUUUUUGAUCAGUUAUGUGUUUUCAUGGUGGCGACUGCACUGUGAUUUGGUGACGAGACACAACAAUCUGAAAUGUUCAUCUUGUCUCAAGGAGACGGACAUAAAGAAACGCUUUGUGUGGGACGGGAUGUCGAACAAACGCAUACCAUGCUUAGUAUGAAUGAAUGAGCACAGAAGCACGCCUUACUAUCUGGUAAGUGCGAAUGCCUGCAUUGCCCCGUGUCUUAAACCUCAGCCUAAGCCAGAGAGUCAUGAGACGAGUCAUGUGGCCGGCUUUCAAUCCCCCUUCCCCCCAUAUCCACUAGUCUGCAUCAGUCUUUGCAUGACAGGGUGGACUGUUUUUGAGAACCCAAGAUUAUCUCCAGUUACAAAAAAUAAAGCUUGUUCAUUUGUAGAGGUUUGGUCCCAUGUGGAAUAUAUUAGGGUUCUAUUUUUUAGCUUUCAAACGCCUCUCAUAUAAAGACACUGGUGAUAUUCUUAAGGAAUACACCACCUGGAAUACAAACUAUAGCAAAUAAUUGAAUUUUUACCCUCAAAACAAUCUUCAAAAAGGUUGUAUAAAACUAGCCUAAAAUAUUUUGUUAGUGCCUCACAUGCAAUGUAAUUUAAAUGGUUCAUGCUCUUUAUACGAGAUGCAGUAAGUCAUAUAACAUUCAUUAAUUUCUUCGUUUUAUGACACAAAUACUGGAAUCAACAUGGUUACACAAUGAAUAAAUAACGUUCCCUUCUUUCAACAAAAGCUGUAUAAUAAAUAGUGCAUUCUCUUCUUUAGUAUUCUUUCAUAAUUUAAAUAGUGGUAAACCUUAGUUGUUGAUAUUGAAGAAACUGUCCGAAAAUGUUGCAUUUCCUGAUUUUUUCUCCCCGCGCUAGCGCCAUGAUUUAGGUCUCAAGAAACGGUGGUACCCUCUGCUCCUUCUUGUUUAAAAACAGUUAAACAAUUAAAGUUUAGUUUCACAACUAGUCCUUACAUAGUAGCUGUUACGACUGUAAAUAUGUACACUAACUAAACUGCAGGUGUAAUAGUUUCGACGUAGCUUGCUACCAGUGUUAGCUUGCUAAUAUAAGACCUGUUUAGGUUUAAGAGUAAAAAAGAUCAUGUUCAAUUUGACACAUCUGAACGGUGCGAUAAUGUAAACUUUGGAGAUAUGAAAUUGCACGUCAGAAAAACACUUCAAAUCACAAAAUGAUAUGCAAGUAACAUUAGACCGAAUGAACUUGCAUCAUCGGAUAUCUGCCAAUAGCGCUGACCUGCAUGAAUACCAGCCUAACUCAGAAACAUCUACAAUAAUGCAUUCAAAACAAACAUUUACAAAUAAUUUGCAGAACCCAAUUACAUCCAAGAUAUCCGACUUUGAUGAAAUGCCUUUGUCGAUUUGGGAAGUAACGUUAGUUGAGAAGAUUGCUACCACUGUGUCUGUAUGUUCAGUUAGCUUAUCUUAGCUUAGCUUAAUAAAAGAGACCGGUAAUUUAGGAAACACUAACCUGGCUCUGUCGAAAGGUAACAAAAUCUACCACAACCUGGAAAGCUCACUAUUACCACUUUAUAUCCCUUUUAAAUGUGUACAUGAAAUAGAGACAAUUUGGGUUUUUAUAUUUCUUGGCCCGGAUGACUUCCUACGGUCUGAGGUUGAAACCCAUUUUCUAAACUGCUUCUAAGUUAAUUAGGACUUUACACACAAACGUAGGAAUAGAUUUACAAAUAGCUGGUGCAACUUCAGCCCCAGUUUGGGACUCUGGUGUACAUUCGACUCUCUUUUUCAACUUUUUCACCCUUUUUGAGGUAUUUCUUUUAUUGAUUUUACUUUCUAUAUAAGAAAAAAAUGUAACACAAAACAAGUAUUUCCCAUAAGGAAAACCGCACUUUUUUGAUCGCAUAGCAGACUAAAUGUUUUUUUUAAUCCAGAUAGUUAAAAGUGUCUUUGAGGAUUCUGGAAAUACCUUCACAACAGUGGUAAGUGUUGUUAAUAGACAUUCUGGGUAUAUCUUUUUUGGGAAAUCAAGUUUCUGUGACUUAAAUGCAGCCGCUAGCGUGGCAAUAGACUUGUUGGAAGACAUUUUUAAAUGUCCUAUAAUCUCAAAACCUAAUGUAGGCAGAUACCACUUUCUAAAACUCUGCAUUCUAGUGACAACACAAUAUCGUCUGUCCAUGAAUUUAUGGCUUGUUGUUGGAAUGUCAAACAUUAUUCCAAAAAUUUGAAGUGGACAGUCACACUG